UAAUAAAAAGAAAAAAAGAAAGAAAGAAAAAAAUAUAGUAGAUUUAUCGUAUGCACCCACCCCCGCUUCACACUUAACCCUCAAUCGGGAAUCGCCGGCAUUCGGCGGAGUGGAUACACAGGUUAAUUUAACGGCGACUAUUCGAACGGCGGAAGGAUUCCGAACGUCGUCUCUCAUUUUGAGUAUAUUAUCGUUGCCAGAUUUGGGGACGGAUAUUUAUCGGCUAGAAUAGGAAAAUGUCGGAGGAUGAGAAGUUAUUGAAGGAGGCGAAGAAACUGCCGUGGGAGGAUCGGCUGACGCACAAGAAUUGGAAGGUGAGGAAUGAUGCGAACCUCGAUUUGGCCGCCGUUUGUGACUCCAUCUCGGAUCCCAAGGACGGGCGACUUCGUGAAUUUGGUCCGUUUUUCAGGAAGUCGGUAGCGGAUUCCAAUGCGCCCGUGCAGGAGAAGGCCCUGGACGCUCUCAUUGCUUAUUUAAAAGCUGCAGAUGCUGAUGUUGGAAGAUAUGCAAAAGAGGUAUGCGAUGCAAUAGUGGCGAAAUGUCUAACCGGAAGGCCCAAAACAGUGGAGAAGGCGCAGAUGGCAUUUAUGUUAUGGCUAGAGUUGGAGGCUGUUGAAGCUUUCCUGGAUGCUAUGGAGAAAGCAAUAAAAAAUAAGGUUGCCAAAGCAGUUGUUCCUGCAAUAGAUGUCAUGUUUCAGGCAUUAAGUGAAUUUGGGUCAAAGAUAGUACCACCCAAAAGAAUAUUAAAGAUGCUUCCUGAACUCUUUGAUCACCAAGAUCAGAAUGUUCGUGCUUCUUCAAAAGGUCUGACACUAGAGCUUUGUCGUUGGAUAGGGAAGGACCCCGUCAAAUCAAUAUUGUUUGAAAAGAUGCGAGAUACAAUGAAAAAAGAGUUGGAGGCAGAGCUUGCCAAUGUUACUGGAAGUGCAAAGCCAACCCGUAAAAUUAGGUCUGAGCAGGACAAAGAGCCAGAACCAGAAGCUGUUAGUCAAGCUGUGGGAUCUAGUCCUGCCGAAGAAAGUGCAGCUGAUAUUCCUCAGGAUAUUGAUGAGUAUGAACUUGUUGAUCCAGUUGAUAUUAUAACACCUUUGGAGAAGUCUGGAUUUUGGGAAGGAGUGAAAGCUGCCAAAUGGUCUGAGCGAAAAGACGCUGUUGCUGAAUUAACGAAACUUGCAUCUACUAAAAGGAUUGCUCCUGGAGAUUUUACAGAAGCUUGUCGAACAUUAAAAAAGCUUAUUACAGAUGUAAACAUUGCUGUUGCUGUUGAAGCUAUACAAGCCCUGGGAAAUCUUGCCAGGGGUCUGAGAACUCAUUUCUCAGGCAAUUCUCGCUUCUUAUUGCCUGUAUUACUGGAAAAGCUGAAGGAGAAGAAACCUACAAUGACAGAGGCGUUGAUGCAAACUCUUCAAGCAAUGCACACAUCAGGAUGCUUAAGUUUCACUGACAUUGUUGAAGAUGUUAAGACAGCAGUGAAAAAUAAAGUUCCUCUUGUACGAUCACAGACAUUGAACUGGGUUACAUUUUGUAUUGAGACAAGUAACAAGGCAGCUAUACUCAAAGUGCACAAGGAAUAUGUUCCAAUAUGCAUGGAGUGCCUCAAUGAUGGAACACCUGAAGUGAGGGAUGCAGCUUUCUCAGCUUUGGCAGCUAUUGCUAAGAUGGUUGGUAUGAGGCCUUUGGAGAAGUCACUGGAAAAGCUAGAUGAUGUUAGGAAAAAGAAGUUGUCUGAAAUGAUCGGGACAGGGGACCCAUCUUCCGUUCCGAGCUCAGUUGCAGUUCAAUCUUCUGGGCGGAGUAUGCCUAGCACCGAGGCUUCUGAUGGAUCUUUUGCUAGAAGAUCAGCGGCUAGCAUGCUUAGUGGAAAGAAGCCUAUUAAUACAGCUCCUGCUGCUACAAAGAAAGCUGCCUCUGGGAAAUCUGGUACCAACAAGAAAAGUGAUGUAGGACAAUCAAAAGUUCCCAAGCCCACGGAACAGGAAGACAUUGAGCCAUCAGAAAUGAGUUUGGAAGAGAUUGAGAGCAGAGUAGGAUCCCUUAUACAAGCAGAUACAAUUACUCAGCUAAAGAGUGCUGUAUGGAAAGAGCGGCUUGAAGCUAUUACGUCUUUUAAAGAGCAGGUUGAAGCACUAACCAGUCUUGAUCCAUCAGUUGAGAUUUUGAUCCGUUUACUUUGUGUUCUUCCUGGCUGGAAUGAGAAAAAUGUUCAGGUCCAGCAACAGCUUAUUGAUAUUAUUACACACAUAGCUUCAACAGCAUCGAAAUUUCCCAAAAAAUGUGUCGUGCUUUGCCUUUUAGGUAUUACUGAAAGAGUUGCUGACAUAAAGACCCGUGGUCAGGCCAUGAAGUGCCUUACUACAUUUUGUGAAGCUGUAGGACCAGGAUUUAUUUUUGAGAGGCUGUAUAAAAUCAUGAAAGAGCACAAGAAUCCCAAGGUUCUCAGUGAAGGCCUACUGUGGAUGGUUUCUGCUGUGGACGAUUUUGGUAUUUCAUAUCUUAAACUGAAGGAUUUAAUUGAGUUCUGCAAAGAUACUGGUUUACAAUCUAGUGCUGCUGCAACUAGAAAUUCUACUAUUAAACUAAUUGGUUCUCUACACAAGUUUGUCGGUCCAGAUAUUAAGAGUUUCCUCUCUGAUGUUAAACCUGCUCUUCUAAGUGCACUUGACGCUGAGUAUGAAAAAAAUCCAUUUGAGGGAGCAUCUGCAGUUCCAAAGAAGACCGUGAAAGUAACUGAUUCUACAUCAACCUUGUCUGCUGGUGGUGCGGAUGGUCUCCCACGUGAAGAUAUUAGUGAAAAGAUCACCCCCACUUUGUUGAAGGGCCUGGAGAGUUCUGACUGGAAGAUUCGCUUGGAGUCUAUUGAGAGCGUCAAUAAAAUUUUGGAGGAGGCCAACAAGCGUAUUCAGCCUAUUGGAACUGGAGAGUUAUUUGGGGCUCUAAGAAACCGUUUGCAUGAUAGCAACAAAAAUCUGAUUAUGGCAACAUUGUCCACUAUUGGUGCUCUUGCAUCUGCGAUGGGGCAGCCAGUUGAGAAGUCAAGCAAGGGCAUUCUCUCAGAUAUCUUGAAAUGCCUUGGGGACAAUAAGAAGAACAUGAGAGAGUGCACAUUGAGUACCUUAGACUCUUGGCUUGCUGCUGCACAUCUUGAUAAAAUGGUCCCUUAUGUUACAGCUGCUCUCACAGAUGCUAAGCUUGGUGCAGAAGGGCGCAAGGACCUUUUUGACUGGUUGUCAAAACAACUUGUUGGACUGAUUGACUUUCCUGAUGCUGUACAGCUGCUAAAACCCUCUGCAUCUGCUAUGACGGAUAAAUCAGCAGAUGUUCGUAAAGCUGCUGAAACAUGCUUUAGUGAAAUAUUGAGGAUUUGUGGACAAGAAACGGUGACCAAAAACUUGAAAGAUAUACAAGGUUCUGCUUUAGCUAUAAUUGUCGAACGAAUGAAGUCAUACGGGGGUUUUCAAGAAAAUUUCGAAUCUGGUAGAUCGGCUUCAGCAAGCAUCGCAACCAAAAGCAGCACAAAGACUGGAAAAACAAAUGGUUCACGACAUGGAAGCAAAGCUGUGCCCUCGAGAACUGUUCCUACCAAGGGAUCAAGGCAAGAGCCAAUCAUGUCGAUUCAAGACAUCAACAUUCAGUCUCAAGCUUUGCUGAAUGUCAAGGAUUCAAACAAGGAUGACAGAGAGAGAUUGGUUGUUCGCAGAUUCAAGUUUGAAGAAUUACGUUUAGAGCAAAUUCAAGAUCUUGAGAACGAUGUCAUGAGGUACUUUAGAGAGGAUUUGCAUCGGAGGCUAUUAAGCACUGACUUUAAGAAGCAAGUUGAUGGGAUUGAGAUGCUGCAGAAGGCUCUUCCAUCCAUGGGAAGGGAGUUAAUUGAAGUCUUAGACAUACUAUUAAAGUGGUUUGUGUUGAGGAUCUGCGAAUCCAAUACAUCAUGCUUAUUAAAGGUACUGGAAUUCCUUCCCGAACUUCUGGAUAUGUUCCGGAAUGAGAGCUAUGUAAUGACUGAAGCAGAGGCAGCCAUAUUUAUUCCUUGCUUGGUUGAGAAGUCUGGACAUAAUAUUGAAAAAGUUAGAGAAAAAAUGCGAGAACUGAUGAAGCAAAUUGUCCACACGUAUUCUGCUGCAAAAACUUUUCCUUAUAUAUUGGAGGGCUUGCGUUCUAGAAACAACAGAACGAGGAUAGAAUGUGCUGAUCUUGUUGGAUUCUUACUGGAUAAUCAUGGAGCUGAGAUAAGUGGGCAAUUGAAAUCUUUGCAAAUUGUUGCAAGUUUAACUUCUGAACGAGACGGUGACACUAGGAAAGCUGCUUUGAAUACUUUAGCUACUGGAUUUAAGAUUCUUGGUGAUGAUAUUUGGAGAUAUGUUGGGAAGCUUACUGAAGCUCAAAGAAGUAUGUUAGAUGAUAGAUUUAAGUGGAAGGCUCGAGAGAUGGAGAAGAGGAAGGAAGGGAGACCAGGCGAAGCUAGAGCUGCCCUAAGACGUUCAGUUAGAGAUAGUGGGUCUGACCCAGCUGAGCAGAGUGGCGAAGUUUCACGGUCUAUAACAGUCCCAAUCUUUAACAGGGAGAACUAUGGUCCUCCUGAAGUUCACACGGAUAGACUUCCGAUGACUCAGACAUAUUCUGGUGUGGGCCCCACAGAUUGGAACGAAUCGCUGGAUAUUAUUACAUAUGGUUCUCCCGAGCAGUCGGUCGAAGGAAUGAAAGUUAUAUGCCACGAACUGGCACAAGCAACCGCUGAUCCUGAUGGCAGCGCAAUGGAUGAUGUAGUGAAAGAUGCUGAUAGACUUGUUUCAUGCUUGGCAAAUAAGGUGGCAAAAACUUUUGACUUUAGUCUCACUGGUGCCUCUUCAAGAUCUUGUAAAUAUGUCCUGAACACUUUGAUGCAGACUUUCCAGAACAAGAGACUUGCUCAUGCAGUCAAGCAAAGUACCCUUGAUAGUCUCAUCACAGAACUGUUGUUAUGGCUUUUGGAUGAAAGGGUUCCGCAGAUGGAUGAUGGCAGUCAACUGCUGAGAGCUUUGAACGUUCUGAUGUUGAAGAUUCUGGAUAAUGCAGACCGUACUUCAUCAUUUGCUGUGCUUAUAAAUCUCUUGAGACCUCUGGAUCCAUCAAGAUGGCCGGCUCCAGCAAUAAACGAGUCUCUCGUUAUUAGAAAUCAGAAAUUUUCAGAUUUGGUUGUUAAAUGUUUAAUUAAACUUACCAAGGUCCUGCAAAACACAAUACAUGAUGUAGACCUUGACCGCAUCCUUCAGAGCAUCCAUAUAUAUCUACAAGAAUUAGGAAUGGAUGAAAUACGGAAGAGAGCGGGAGCUGAUGACAAACCACUUCGCAUGGUUAAAACCGUUCUACAUGAGCUUGUUAAACUUCGUGGAACUGCUAUAAAGGGUCAUCUUUCCAUGGUCCCAAUAGACAUGCAACCUCAACCUAUCAUUCUUGCCUACAUCGAUCUUAAUCUUCAGACCUUAGCAGCUGCUAGAAUGUUGACGCCAUCUGGGCCUGCUGGGCAAACUCACUGGAGCGACUCGACUGCCAACAAUCCAGCACCUACUGCACAAUCUGCAGAUGCCCAAUUGAAGCAAGAACUGGCUGCAAUUUUCAAGAAAAUUGGUGACAAGCAGACUUGCUCUAUUGGUUUGUAUGAACUGUAUCGCAUAACACAGUUGUAUCCUCAGGUUGACAUUUUUUCACAGCUUCAAAAUGCUAGUGAUGCAUUUCGAACAUACAUUAGAGAUGGUCUGGCACAGAUGGAGAAAAACGCCGCAGCAGGAAGGACACCUUCAAGCGUGCCCCUGUCCACUCCUCCCCCAGCUGCUCUCAACCUCUCUCCGAAUCCUCUUUCCCCUGUAAAUGCAAACACAUUAAACGACUCAAGAAAUCUGAAUGCGAGAGCCGAACCAACAAAUUUCAGUUUACCACCAUCGUACGCUGAACAUGAUCAGGGUUUCAAUGUCAUUUCUCCAAGAGUGUCUAGUUAUAGUCAAUCGGCGUUACAACAUAACUUGGAUGAUUCGAGAAAUGAGAGAUUACCAUCUGGUGUGUCAAAUGGGACAUUAGACGCUAUUAGGGAAAGGAUGAAGAGCAUCCAAUUAGGAUCAUCUGCAGUGAAUCCAGAUCCCAGAAAUCGGCCAUUGAUACAAGUAAACGGGAAUGUUAAUAAUCAUCCUGUUCCAGAAGUGCACGGGGCAGGUAAUCGUGUGCAGGGUGGGAUACUUCCGAUGGAUGAAAAGGCAUUAUCUGGGCUACAGGCUCGUAUGGAAAGGUUGAAGAGUGGUUCAUUUGAUUCACUGUAGGAAAGCUGUGGUUAAGUAUCCCACUGGAUGCUGAUCUUGUUUGUAAAUGGUGAGAUUUUGAAUAUUGGGCAAUUAUUGUUUUAGACUUUGGAUAUUGUGUCAAUUUGUUGCAGAGGCGUUGGUUCUUUAGAUGAACGAAUGCAAGAAAAUCUCGUUCUUAUUGUGUUGUCGGUAUUUACUUGUAUAUUGUAGUGCUCUCUCUGUCUCUAUAAAUUAGUUAUGACCGGUCGGUCGUCUGUUCCUUCCGAAAUCGUUAGAUGAAUUCACUUUCUUUAUGAAUUUUGCUUGGGUUUUUGAUGAGUAUCUAUUGAAAUACUGGAAUUGCGAAAAUAUAUUUGGGUUUAUUUA